UUCCUCUUACAGAAGCUUCUCCACUAAGCAAUAACUCGUGAGCAAACGCAACCGUAGCUUUGUUUGGCCUUUUCUAGGCUUCAAUUUCCCCACAUCUUGAACUUUGAUUGACAAGAGACCUUUCUUUCUCAUUGGAAGACCCUCCGAUCUUAUCAAAUCGAUUCGAGUCUUCUUUUCCUUUUUUCUUCUGUUCGAUCUUCAACGGCGUCACCAUCUAUCGUACCUGCAAAGGCCAUCUUUCAAACCGAAGGGAGAUUCUACACUUGCUGCGAUUGGUGUGGUUUGGCCUUCCCAACGGCUCUAAUUUUCUCUUGUUGAUUCAAUACAAAAAGAAGAGAUAAUUGUUUGUAAUCUAUUGUUUAGAAGUUUUUUAUUUGAUUGUUUUCUUUAUUUACUUGUAUACAUAAGAACAGAGAGAGAGAGAGAGAGAGAGAGAGAGAGAGAGAGAGAGAGAGAGAGAGAAUGAAUGUUGUUUAUUAUAAAUUUAAAAGUACAAAAUGUUAUGAGAGUUUGGCUAUGCAUGAUUCUUUCAUAUCAGUCUGGAAUUUGAAAGAAAAAAUAAUUGAAGCAAAGCAUUUGGAGAGAGGUACUGAUUAUGACCUCUUGCUUACCAAUGCCCAGACCAAUGAAGAUUAUACUGAUGAAGAAAUGCUGGUACCAAGAAAUACGUCUGUAUUAGUUUGCCGGGUUUCCGGACCACCUCGCAUGCGCAUUGUUAUAAAACGAGAAGAGGAGAGUAAGGUAGAAGAAGUUUCAAAUUCUAAGAGCACUGUGUCUGUUGCUGAUUCAUCUGACAUGAGAUCUCUAAAUCCUGAAGAAUCAGAAGGGUAUGAUUUUGGUAAUGAUCUUUUUGCUAUUCCAGAAGUGGUGCCAGUGCAAUUGAGCAAUCUGGUGCAAAAUGAUCAAAGUAAGGCUAAGGAAGAUAGGAAGGUGGAAAUUAAUCUUUGUAAGGCUGAGGAAGAUAGGAGGAUCAAGGCAUUAGUCAAUACACCUGCUUUGGACAUGCAAUGGAAAACAAAGGGAACUUUUGGUUUUGGAGGCGGCUUUGGAAGGGCUAUGGGUGAUAGAAUGGUGAAGGGCCAUGGUUUUGGCCGGGGUGGAUUGUUGGAGCGCAAGACACCUCCACAAGGGUAUAUCUGUCAUAGAUGCAAAGUGCCUGGGCAUUUUAUUCAGUAUUGCCCAACAAAUGGUGAUCCUAGCUACAACAUUAAAAGGUUGAAGCAUCCAACUGGAAUUCCAAGGUCGAUGCUAAUGGAUACUCCAGAUGGCUCCUAUGCAUUACCAAGUGGAGCUGUUGCUGUUAUAAAACCAAAUGAAGAUGCUUUUGUGAAGGAGAUUGAGGGGUUACGUUCAACUCGAUCUAUCAGUGAUAUUCCUCCAGAAUUGCAUUGCCCACUUUGUAAAGAAGUAAUGAAAGAUGCUGCCAUGACUGGCAAGUGCUGUUUCAGGAGUUUCUGCGACAAAUGUAUCAGGGACCACAUAAUCUCAAAGUCAAUGUGUGCAUGUGGGACCACAAAUAUCCUUGCAGAUAGCCUAAUACCUAAUAAGACACUCAGGGAGACCAUCAACCGUGUCUUAGAGUCGACAACCAGUAGUACUCUAGAAAAUGCUGGAAGCUUAUCAAAUGUUCAGGAGAGCAAUUCUUGCACUCUUUCUGCUCCUGUGAAGGAAGAACACAUACCACCUUCUCAUAAAGAUAACACUUCGAAUAGAAAGAGGCCUGCGGAUGAAGAGAAGCUUACCACUGGUAGUCUCCAUCGGUCCUUGGAGAGAAGUAAGACCACAACAAAUACCACAAAAUCUGAAGUGACAGUGGAGGCUAUAAGUGGGAAAGAACCAGCAUCGCUAGGGGUUGCUCCUCUGCUAGCCAAAGAGAAAGUCCAGCAGAACCUGCCCAUUGCAGGGCCAGGAAUGAAGAAAAGGAAGCAAGCAUGCAAAGCUGCUAAUGUUGACAAAGUGAUCGCAACAGCUCGUUUCCCUUGUUACACGCAAGGAUUACAAUGAUGGAUCUUACUGACUGUUGAAGAAAGAGAAGGCGCACAUUUGAAGUUUCCAAGAAGUCAAUGUGAAUUUUAUUUUUUUAUUUUUUAUUUAUUUUGGAAGAAAUGUAAAUAGGGAAAAGAUAUUUUUCUUAUUUAUUUUGGUGGUUGCCAAACAAUUGUAUAAUAAGUUUUUUAUUGGUUAUAUAAAGAAAAGUUCAUUGGUGCAUAAGACUUGUUGAUUAUUGU